CAAUAAAACAGUACAAAAAUAUACGCGGAAAAAUCUACGACGACACUUUUCCUCAUGACAAUGAUGGACCGUGUGUAGUCUAACUGAUUUUCAAGCCCCGUGUCUUAUUGAUUGCUCAAAAGGAGGGGGGGGGGGGACUUUUAUGAAGCCUAGCCAAUUUCUUCAAGUACUUUCUUAUGAUUUUCCUCCUUGUCUAUCACAAGUACACUUCUUGUUGCAAUUAUACCAAACGCGAUUGAAUUACACCUAAAUAUCUUUACCUCUUACAGGAUAAUAAGCAUUAAGGAAAAACGCCAAAUCAAGGGCGUUAGCAUGUACACGGAACUGCAUGGACGAACAUAUAAAACCGUUCUAAUAAAAAAAAUAACAGAAAAGUUCUUUUUCUUAUUCAUUCAAUUUUUUUGUAUGCCCUUGAAUUUUGCGAUUUCACUUGCUUUUAUACACAAUAAUCUUGACAAGAUAGGAAUUUUUUUUCUAUUAUUACAGUCUAAUUGGCAGUCGGGUAAUCGACAACCAAAAAAAAAAAAGAAGUAAAAGGCGAAAUCAACUCAACAGUCUAUCUAAAGUCUUCUAAUCAGAGAUAAAUAAGUAGGAAAUUACAAACGAGUUCUAAAAAAGGAAAUGAAAUGGCAUUCGGUCAUAAAUAAGUAAUCAAUGGGGCGGAGUUUUGAGUAUUUCUCACUGAAAUUUCUGAACUGUAGUACAUCCUAUGUUCUACCAUUCCGCUUUGUUGGAUCCGUCUUAUUUCCCUCCUCUGUGCAGUUAUGCAGUGUGCAUUUUCGAAUGUGUGCAUAUAAAACAAGUAAGGAUGUUGACAAUAAAUUAGUUCUUUGCCGGCCGUCGUCCAACGUACUUGAUUUCCUAAGUUCUCGUUAGCAUCUCAGUAGAAUUCUGACUUUAACUCGUAACUCCAGUAAUUAAAAAACAUGGACCAAAUUAUUGAAAUCGUUGACGCUUUUGCUCGCGGGAACACAAUCGAAGCGCUGAGCGAAACGGGUCGCUUUCUCUACAUCUACAAUUCAACGACGCUUAUCGCAUCGGUAGGGGCUAUAGUAGGAUUGAUCCUGCUUGGAUCGCUGUUGUGGAUCGCGAUCACAUCAGCGGCCAAAACUGAAAAGAGUUACGGCUACGGAAGUAGCAACUACCGUAAAAUGCGUUCGACUGAUGAGGAGAAAGCUCACACCUUCAUGGAGCUCCUUGCUAUGCUGGACGAAACUUUUCGAAAAAUGCAGAUCCAUAAUUUCGACUGCCAGAAGCGCGCUGUGUGUGAAGCACACCAACCACAUAGCGACAAAAAAUCCAUUGAACCAUUUGUCCGGCGUAUCACCUACAUCUUCGGAAAGCUAGAUGACAAAGCACUCGAUGCUCUAGAGCCGGAAUCUGCAGAUUUCUUGUUAAAAUAUUUCGAAGCAGCGGAAAAAGGGAAAAGCAACGAAAAUUGUUCUCAGUUGUACGCGACCUGUCCAAAGUUCAAAAAUUUCAACCAACCCACCCAGAAUUUAGUUUGAAAAAUUGUUUACGCAAUACUUGCGCCAUCUGACGACAAUUAGUUCUACAAUAUUCUUCAUUUGUCUAAUCUUUUUAUCUAUUUAUUUGGGAAA